CACAAUUCUGUGCCAGCUGCCAGCUGAGCAGUAGUAGAGGGGGGCGAUUGACUUGGGUCACUGCAUUUGGCUUUCGCCACUCAAAUUGGAGCUUCCUUGAAGCGCUGUGCCUCAUCACAAAGAAAGUAUCUCUCCAUGGACUCUCCAACUGUGGUGACAGCGCCAGCCGCUGAGGCAGAAGUUGCAGAACUCAAGGCCGAGGAAAGUGCUCCGCAAGCGGAGCAGAAAGGGGUACAAUCGAAGGGCUUAGCAACCACAAGUGAGAUGAAGGUGCAGACCUCGGAGAUUGAGGAGGAACCUCUGGCAUCAGAGAAGAAUGUGCUGCAGCCAUUGCUCAAAUCUGACGCUGCCAGCGCCCAAGUGCCUGCCCAACUGUCUCCCAAUUCAGGAGGCUGGGGCUGGGGCCUAUUGGCCAGCGUAGCAAAGGCCGCGGAGAACUUCACGGAGGCGGCUGUGGAAACUGCCAAAGAAGCCGCAAAGAGCGUGGCUGAGCUGCAGACAACACUUGUAGAGUCUCUUGAGGGCGAGGCUAAUCAAGCACCUGCAACGGAAGGUGAUGCCCCAGUGACGAAAAAACUUGAUGCGGCAGAGACAAAGGGUGAAGCUGAAGACAAAAGUCUCCCUGUAAAGGGGGCCAGUGAGAGCGAAGAAGAUAAGCGACGGCAGGCUGCGUUGGACAAGCUGGGGAAUGCGAGCAAAGACUCCUUCCUUGGACAUGGCCUGAAGGUCCUGGACGACUCGGUUGAGAAUCUCGCACUGAAUGCAAUGGCUGCGUUUGGGAGUGCGUGGAAAGGCUCUGUGAACAUCGUACAUCAACUGGAGCAGCAGGCGGAGGCUUUGGCAGAGUCUGAGAAAGUCAAGUCAGGGCUGAAGAGUGGCAGUGGGGUGCUGGCCAAGAGCACCGCAGUGUUUGAGGGCAUUGGACGCCGCACCAUGGAGUUGCUGGCUGAAGAGACUGGCAUCGAGCUGGAGAAAGACGAGAACGAGAAGGCCGUUGAAGACAAGCACGACGAGGAGGCAGGGGAGGAGGUGACCUUCGACAGAUGCUUCUACAUCUACGGGGGUCCCGAGCACCUCGAGGAGCUAGAGGCCCUGUCCAACCACCACGCUCUCAUGUACAACCGCGCCCGGGCAAAGCUUGCGGGCGAUAAGAGGGCGGCCCUGGAAGCCACGCUCAAGGAGUUGCAGAAGCUCCUGACAUUGGAGGCGGAGGAGGGGUCUGCAAAGAGCGCAGCAGGAAAGAAGGACGACGAGGAAGAGGGAGAGAGGGAAGCCGAGAUCCGGUCGCUCCGGGAAGCCGGCAUCAGCCAAGCCACGGACAUGGCUUCCACGUUCACGACGUCACUGGGCAGCGCUUCGAGCGACGCCGCCAGUCAGCUGGAGGAGGUCUUGAACAAGGCGACCGAGCGACUGGAAGAGAUCAAAGGCGAAGGUGUCCACCGACUGUCCGAACUUUGCGCGCUGUGCAUCUCGCACUUGCUUCUGUUGGGCGAGGCCGUCUUGAAGACGGGUUCAGGCGAAGGCGCAGAAGCACUGACACCGUCGAAGGGGACACCGCUGAGGGUCGAGUGGCCGGAGGACGUCGUCAAGCGCGCCGAGCUGAUCAAGGAGCGCGCCAGAUCGAUGCUGCGAGAUAUCGAGUUGUUGUCGGACGCCUUCACGACGUCCAUCUCGGAGGUUGUCAAGGCCUACGAGACGGUCUCCUCCAGCUCUGCCUCCGCUGCCGAAACCGGGGACGCUUCAGCGACCAAGUCUUCCCCGCUCGAUGAGAAGCUCGCUGCGCUCAGUGGCGACCUGGAGAGCGACACGCAUACUGCGGUUGGGAAGCUGCAGGACGGUUUGCAGUUCCUCGUGUAUCCUGUUGUGUCAACAUCAAUGAAAGGGUGAAGUUGAGCAAAAAUGGCAUAGCAGAAAGCUAGUUUGAGGUGAUUCCCCAACUACUCUAUUGGUGGUAAUCUCCUUGUGAAUACUGUCCUGGGAUUCUGGAAGGUAGACUUACCAUACACGUCCUGCUCUCUGACAAUUCUGAUUGCUGUACACAAUUCUAUGAUUCAGCAGGAUGUAUAAUGUGACGGGCUACUUGUGAACAGUCAAGCUGGCCGCCCAUCUUUGGUCUUCAUUAUUCAAUUCCAGGACUAGCAUCUCAG